AUGGGAACCUGUCUGCAAAAAGUAGCACCACGCUCUUAUCUUGUGGAUAUCGAAGGAACUCUCUACCGACGCAAUCGUGUGGAUCUGCGAGUGGCUGAGAAGCCUGAUUCUCAAUAUCCAGUUGACAAGCCAGACACACCUGGUAUUCCAAGGACACACUCACAUGUCGACAUUAAAGAGUGUACAUAA